AUGGCCUCUGCAAAGAAGGUCGCUGAGAAGCGGCAUAACCCCGUGGAAAGCAUCUGCAGAAAACUGCGAGCCAUCCAAAAGAGAGAAGACAUUUCUGAUCCCAUCCGGCAGAUUAUCAAAUACCAGUCUAGCAGUUUUGACAGCCCACAGACCAACCCCAAGAAGGAUUUUGAAGAGGUACUGAAGAAAAUGAUGGCUGCUCACAUCCCUCUGCCCGACACGCUCUUCUCGAGUCCUGAGAAAGAUGGCGCCUUCGCUUCCCAGUCUCAGAUAGCGUCUCCAAGAACCCCAUCCAUUUCUAAUCUCAGCUCUCCUGAGAAGGCAACAUACCCGCUUAUCCUCACAGGUUCUGAAAAUAUCUCAAGGCCGAGAUCACAGAGCUCCCAGAAUUAUACAUCUUUGAUACCGCAGAUCACAAAAAGGGAGCUCUUUGCUGACAAGGAUUUGACUAACUAUUGCAGUGGAGAUGAUUUUAGUACCUUAGCACUUGACUUUGAUUCCACCUCUGAUCAGAGCUCUACUCCUCAGGAUUCCGUGGUGAAAAAAUUAUCUCCGAAAGAAGAGGGGUGGAAACAAGGAACUGAUGAUGGCAAGGAAGAUGUAACCUAUAUCAACAACAGGACCUAUGAAGAAGAGUUUCUUAGGAGUAUUUUUAACAUAUGUGACUCCAAAUGCAGAGGCUUAGUCAGAGUCACCAAAAUAAUAGAUUAUCUGAGACAGACAACUAAUCAAGGUUCUGAAGAUGAUGGCCUUGAGGAGCUGUGGAUCAUGCUUGAUCCUGGAAAGAGAGAUGUACACGUGAACCUGGAAACCUUCCAGGCCACUGUGAAGGAAUGGAUGAUGGCUCACUGCAGAAACAAAUGGGAAGGAGAGAAUAGUGGAUCAAGCAGCAGAAUGGUUGACUCUGCUUUUGAACAGGACAGCAUAAAAUCAUGUGAAGCAAUUAAGAUGACCACAGAUAUAACAGAUUCUUCAUCACGGAACUUCAAGGGGUUGGGUGGAGACUUGCCUAAAGGAGUCUUAGAGGUGCCUGAUUUGAUUACCUAUAUAGCAGACCUGCAUUUCAACAAGCAGAAAUUGGAAGAGGAAAAUAAUAAAUUGAAAUUGGCAUUAGAAAACUUGGAAGAAACAAACAGAGAGUUAUCAGAGGACUGUACUGAACUGCGCCUUCGGGUGAAAAGUGCCCACCAGGCUAUUAUGAGAACAAACCUGUUAAAAGAAGAACUGGAGGAACUGAAAAUUAGUAUGAAUGCUUCAGAAGAACAGAAGACCAUGAUUGUAGCCCAGAACAAACAGUUAGAGACAGAAAACCGGGCUCUGAUUCUUAAGAUUCGGAUUCUCCAAGAAGAGAAUGCUAAGAACAUUAUGGAUAUAUAUAAAUUGGAAGAGAAGAUUGAGGACUUGUCUAAAACUGAGAAAGAGCACCAAAUGCAGUUACACAUGUAUGAAAACACUUUGCUUAAUAUAGAUGCAAGUUUACAGAAGAAGGAUGUAAGUAUAGAAGAGCUUAAAUCAACAAUCAUAGAAUUUGGAAGCAUUAUUGAGAACUUACGAGGGGAGAAAAACAAGCUGGCUCAAGAGUUACAGCACUUGCGACAGGAAUUCAUGAUAAACAGAAUGCAGUUAAAUAUCGGUGGAAAACAUAAGAGUUUCGACUCUGAAGAAGUAAAAUCUCUACACUGGGAACUCAUUCUUGCUCAGUCUGCAGAGAACAAUGAAACUGAGUGGCAGUGCAAUGUAAUCUGCUUGUCACCUCUGGACGUGAUAAUGGAAAAAGAAAUGCUGCUGUUACUGAGAGAACUUGAACAAAACGGAAUGGAGUUCAUAGCUGCGCUUCAGAAUCUGCAUGAAGAUGUUUCUGAAGUUGAAACACUAAUUGAUCAUUUUCUGCAGUGGGUAACUAAUCCAGAGAUUACUGUGAAAGAACAGUGGGAGAACAAACUUACUGAAUUCAGAUAUAUGAUGGAGGAGAAGCUAAAUCUUUGCAUCUUAACACUGAACAACUUGAGAACCCAUAAAGAAUCCCUUGAUAAAGAGUUUGCCAAAUUGAUAGACAUUUUGAAGAGAUUCAGGCUGGAAUAUUUUUAUUUCAGAAAAGAAUUUCUUUCCAGGCAGAAACAACUAGAAACCAUCACACGGCGGCAAAAGGUUGGUGUCAGGCAGGAAGCCAUCUUCAGGAAGCAGGUCCAAGAAGCCAGCCAGUGGUUGGAGGAGGCAGAGAAGCAGGUAGGGUGGCCUUUGACUGACUACAUUACAGGCACAGGAAGUCUCCUCAGAUGUCCUUAAAACCCUUAAGUAAAAAUGGAGGAGGAAGCAAAAAAACAAAGAGGAACUGCGAAGUUCAGUCCCUCUCGACUAGCAGUGAGCGGAGGAAGUAAAGGGGGAGUCGUAAGAGGCGGUGUCAACAGCCUGCUGAUGAAAGAGGCGACUUUGCAGAAAGAGGCAACUUGACAUAUCAAGACUUUUGCCACUGUAGAAAUAGCUCAGGCAUACGAAGCCCAUGCAAACACAGAAUUGCAGAAGUUCAGCGGAGGCUUAUCGCUUCCCUGAGAAGAAAAGCACAUUUUCAGUUUCGUGUGCAUGAUCAGAGUGAGCAUUCGCUUGCUUCCUUUCCCGGCCGCCCUGCUAAAAUCCAGCGUUCGCUGUCGGUAUCCAGGUGGAGGAUGGAGAUGGGGCAGCCCACUCUGCCGGGGAAGAAGCGAAGCCUUCACUGCAUAAAUUAGAGGAAGCAAUUUCAGAUCAACGAAAUCUCCAGACUAUAAAUACCGAGUUAGUGAACACUUGCCAGACACUUGGGCAGAAGACAAGAAAACCGAAAAAGCUGUUUAGAUGAGGAAUUUCCUCACUGUGAUCCCUUGUCCUGCACAGAAAGAAUUCAGCAAUUUUUCCAGAAACAGCUGAAGCAGCAUUGCCAUAAAAGAUAUAGUGGUCCAGAGGCAAGAAUACAUCAGCUACCCUUGGCCUUCAAACACACGUGCUGGUACACACCUCUGCUGGAUGCCUUGCAUCUGGAUAGUCUUACAGCAAUUCCAAGGCUAGAAUUGACACCUUUCUCAUGUGUGGCCAACCUAAUCCAUGCUUCACGUGAAAGGCCCAGAUAUGAAGAAAUAGAGGAUGGUGCUUUGGCUGUGACUGAAAGACACAAGUGUCCUAGCCCUUCAGCUGGUCUCCACCCAGGAACAGAUCUUUCAGGUUGCAUCAGGAUGAAUAAUGACCUAA